GAUCAACUGAAGACACGCAUGAUCUUGUUCUUCUUCUGUUUUCAAAUGAAUUGUUUAUUAUGAGUACUAAUAGUACGCAUUUAUCGCAUCUUUACGGUUAAUGCUAAUCACCUCUAUCAGUUCUUUAUUUCAGGGAAACGCUUUUGUAACGUCGCUCAGUAACUCAUUCACCAAGGUCAGUAGUUGAGUGGAUGUGGUGGGAGCUAAGCCUUCGGCACAUGGGAUUAUAGUAAAGUUAAAAGGCGUGCAAGCGGAAAUAUGGCAGGACUUAUAAACUUUGAAGAUGAGAAUGAAGUGAAGCAGUUUUUGGAGAAUUUGGGAGUGGAGUACAGCUUCCAGUGCUACAACGAAAAGGAUCCUGAAGGGUGCCAAAGGCUAGCAGACUACUUGGAAGGGGUAAAGAAGAACUACGAAUCUACAGCGCAAGUGCUGAAACAUAACUGUGAGACAAACGGAUAUGGAGAGAGCUGCUAUAAACUGGGGGCUUACCAUGUCACAGGCAAAGGUGGAGUAACUAAGUGUCUGAAAACAGCCUACUCCUGCUUUUUGCGCUCCUGCAAUACUGGAGGAAAGAAGUCCAUUGAUGCCUGUCAUAACGUUGGUCUGUUAGCCCAUGAUGGACGAGCUAUGGGAGCACCUGACCUUGCAGCGGCUCGGCAGUACUAUGAGAAGGCCUGCGCCGGUGGCUUUGCUCCUUCCUGCUUUAACCUCAGUGCCUUGUUCAUUGAGGGCAAUUCCAAAGGCCUGCCACCAGAUAUGAUUCAAGCUCUGAAGUACGCCACCAGGGCUUGUGAGCUGGGACACGCGUGGGGGUGUGCCAAUGCGAGUCGUAUGUACAAACUUGGGGAUGGUACGGAGAAGGAUGAGAAGAAAGCGGAGGAGCUGAAGAAUCGAGCGAGGGAGCUUCAUAAUUUCGAGAAAGAAAGGCAGCUCAAGUUUGGAGAGUGAACGUGACACAUUUAAAUUAAAUUAUCAUAUUUUUGGCUUGACACAUGUGGUGUUCAUUCAGGUUGAUUAGAGUAAGUAUAUGUGUGCACAAACAAAACCUGUUCAGGUGUUCCAAGGUCAGAGAAAAGGAUGGUUAAAUGGAUGGACUUGCAUGAUUUACAGUCCAUAGACAGUCAAAUUCAAGGGGCAGCAUUAACUUGACUAUUUUUAUGGGCAGAGUUCAGCCAAAUCUAUACAAGAUAAUGUAAAUGUAAUAGCAAUAAAAUUACUUGUGAUCCAUGUA